GCGAGACACGGACAGAAUCAUGGCGGAGACGGCAGCUCCGGACGGGACUUUGGGACCGACACGAACCCUCCCCAAAAGCGCAGAGACCGCUGCAGCAGCGCCUCGGCAACCUGAAGAUGAAUCUGCUGAUUCGGACUAUGUGGAAGAAGAAAGAGGGGACUGUCCCGACGAGAACAGCAGCGACGAAGUGUCGAUGCAAGGAGGCCGGCAACUGCGCGAAAAUCCUCGUCACGACGGCGACGAAGAGGAAGAAGAAGAGUACACGACGGAGAACACCAAAGUCAUCCAGUUGACGAACUACACAUGCUGUGCGAAGCGAUGUAUCUUUGGUCGAACGAAGGAGAUGGACCUCUUCAUCGACUCAUUGGACGAAAUGACCAAGGAAAUGCAACACGUGUGCAUCCUGACGUCGCUCUCCAUCAGCAUCGCGUUGACGACCAAGCGCAAGUCUCGCGGAAAGGGUCUCCGCGCGCGCUACACGUACGUCAUGCCUUACCUUGGCAACGUGUGCAAGCAAGCGUUCGAGGCGUGCUUUGACAUUUCCGGUGGGUCGCUCAACCGUCUGCGCAAGCAAGUGUCUGCAUCGAUCGUUCCGAAGAAGCACGGCAACAUGUCCAACAAAAACGCGACAAGUGUCGACUACACAACGUUGAAAGAAUGGUUUUACCCGUACGCCACGUCCAUCGGGCACACCGUCCCAGCGCGGCGAAAGACCCGCGUCAAGACGGACGGUCACACUCAAGUGCUCUAUCGCACCGACAAUUUGAUCGUGCUGCCGCCUUCGAUCACUUACGAGAAGCUCCAUCAAGACUACCUCGCGCACUUGAUCUCGCUGAGCGGUCCCACGGACGCCGGGCAGCCUCGGUCUCGCCUUCCCAGUGAGAAAACAUUUCGUGACUACAUCAAGAAGUCGUUCCCGGACAUUCGCCUCGAGUCUGCAGCUGCCAACGGUGCCAAUAAGCAUCAUCACCAUCAUCACCCGUCGAAGUUGACGCAUCCACCAUCGGCAGGACCUCCACUGCUUCCGCCUUCCACAACCAAGAAAGGCACGCUCUGAUGGACUCCAUUCAAACUUGUUGUCGUGAGCUGCGUGUCUGGGUAUUUGGCUAUUUAUUUUCGGGGCCGACCCCAUCCUUUCGCGGAAGACGGCGGCUGCACCGACGACUUGACCUCGUCAUCUUGGGUGUACGACGAAAACGACAGCGGCAGCUUGCGGCGACUUGUGGCUUGAGUACUGGAUGGAGUGGACACCUGGGUUGGGCCGCCUGCCUCUCGCCAUGCAUUUGUGGAUGGCAGGUGGCUGGUCUGGGAGAACAAGUCCGAGAUGGUCUUUUGCGUCGUCGUGGGUUUCUUGCGGGCGGUCGGUUGGUGUCGUGGCGACGUAUCGGGGCUUCUGGCGGGUUUGCGCUUGCUCGUAGCCGUUUGACGCUUCGGCGCUGCUUUUCGUUUGGCCGGGGGUUGCUUCUUCGACGGGGUGUCAAAGUCGCUCUCGGACGAGUUUACCACGUCGUCGUCGUCGUAAGCAGAGACUUCGUCCAAGUCGGACGCGUUGUGCAUUUCCUUUCUCGUUUUUCCCUUGGGUUUUGCAGGAGUGGGUGGCCGCCGCGAACUCGAAUUAGCUGGUUUAUCACCCCGGGACCCUCCACGACUCUUGGCCGCCACCCUCGGUGGGUCGACCACCUGGACGCCGUCGCUGCCUUGGUCCGGCUCAUCGCCGUCGCUGUCUAUCAAACCAUCGUUGUCGUCGCCGUUAUUUCCAGCUCCAGAUUGCAACAUGCGCAUGACUUCAUUCGUGUCCAUCGCGCUCUGGCCAGCAUGGACUGCCUGUGCCGCUCGCAGUCGUUCCAGGUUCUUCUCAACGAGUGUUUGAAUGUCGUGCUUGUUCAAGGUCCCCUUGUUCAUCUUGAGCGCGCCCUGCGAUUCCUCCAAGACUGUGUCGUAGAUGUCGCUGAACGCUGAGCUCACAUUCUUAAAGACAAAGUCUUCCAGUGCGUGGGCCAAAUUCGUUUCGGGCAAAAUUUCAAGCACUUUUUCCGACCCUGCCAAGUGGCUGGACAGCAGCUGCUCGACGCCCAGGAUGGAAGUCGCUGCUGCAUUCGGCGGCCCCGGGCGAAUCGGGUUCUUCAAGCUGCCAGACGACGUCGUCGACUUGGUAUCGUCAUUGGGGUCGGCGGAAGCUUUUUUUCCUCUGGAAAACAGCAAAAUAUCCGCCGGAUUGGCGACUUUCCCGACAAAUUGCCCGCCAAAUCGCUGGUUGCUCAGGACAGGAAACCCUGUGGUACAGCAUGGAAUUCAAGGGGCGGUAGCCUUUGAAGGAGUCGAUGGUACCAGUGUGCUCGACUUUUAUUCGCACCAGCAUUUGCAUGGCAGUGUCUUGGCGAUCGGCACGAGGGUUUUCGGCAGCUUCUUCGUCAAUCAGGUCUUGGACCUACAACACGAUCGAAUGGCAACCAUCAAUGUUCUCACUGGUAAAGCUGAAAAAUAUCCCAAACGAAAUGGAAGGUUCAU